GAAGGAAAAACACGAAGGCAGAAGGAAGACACCCCUGUCACCCAUCGAUACAACAGCUACAAGCAUAUACUGCAGCCUAACGUCACUGAGGGGUUCCGGUGGUUUCACCUCCUUUUUCGGACUAAGAGUGCUGGAAAGACGCCAUGGAGAAGAUCACUCGGCUUGCCAACCGUCUGUCCCUCGAUGGUUCGGCAAAAACACCGGAGGUCAAGCCGGAUCCAAAUGCGCUGUUUUCGCCCGUCGUGACCUCCCAUCUCGAGGAGAUCUAUGCCUCGCUGACGGCCUCCUCCGAUGUCGACUUCGCCAAGGAUAUCCAACAUGAAACCCCUUCGACAGACACCGAGACGGAUCCGCUCUCAUCCUUGGAAGCGUUCAAGGAGUACAUGGCCGGUCCCAACGCGUCGGCCCUGCAACCGGCCCAGAAGCCCGAUCUCACCGUCCCCAUGACCGACUUUUUCAUCUCCUCGAGCCACAACACCUACCUGACCGGUAACCAGCUGUCGAGUGACUCGGACGCGAGUGCCUACACGAAUGCUCUCCUGAACGGAUGUAGAUGCGUCGAGAUCGACGUCUGGGACGGGGAUCUAGAUUCCGACAGUGAUAGCGACGUGAGCAGCACCAGCAGCGAGUCCAGCUCGGACGACGAACAAACCAAAGAACGGAAGAAGGAGAAGCAGAAGAAGAAGGCAGAAACCGUCGGGCGUCGCAACACCGUCUCGAAAAAGCUGAAUGGCCUCCUGGGCCGAAAAUCCCCUCCCGCCGAUGAGCCCGCCGAGGAGGAGGAGAAAAGCCUGGGAGCCAAGGCUCGGGAUUUGGGAGCCCUGGCUCGGGAGUUGAUCCGGAAGGAGCCCAAGGAGCCUAAGGAGCCCGCCGUCGUGCCCGUCGAGGAGGAGAAAAGCCUGGGAGCCAUGGCUCGGGAGUUGAUCCGGCCGGAGCCCAAGGUGCUUCACGGCCACACUCUCACCAAAGACACAACCUUCCGGGACGUCUGCCAUGCCAUUCGCGAUAGUGCCUUUGUCAAGAGCGACUUGCCGGUGAUUGUCAGUCUCGAAGUCCAUGCGUCGCUGGAACAGCAGGAGACAAUGGUGGAGAUCAUGGAGGACGCCUGGAGAGGAAUGCUGCUAGAGGUGACGCCCGAGAUUGAGGCGACCAAGGCCCCGCCGCCCUUGAAAAAGCUCCGACGCAAGAUUCUGAUCAAGGUGAAAUAUGUGGCACCGGCGGAUGACACCCAAGGGGCCGACCAGGAAGAUUACACCGACGAGCUCGAAGGGUUGCAGCCGCAGCCGAGCCAAGGUGAAGCAAGCGUAACCAAGACCAACACCAACGCAUCCGCUCCGCCACCGAAGCCGUCCAAGAUCUCGCACGCCCUGAGCCGGCUGGCCGUGUUCACUAAGGGGUUCCAUUUCAGUCACUUUGCGCAACCAGAGGCCAAGGUACCCGGGCACGUGUUUUCCUUGUCGGAGAAGGCCGCUCGCGCCGCAUAUGCCAAUGACCGCGACGCCCUCUUCGAGCACAACCGAAGGCACUUUAUGCGGGUUUAUCCGUUCGGCCUGCGUGUCGAUUCCUCAAACCUCGACCCCACUUUCUACUGGCGCCGGGGCGCGCAGAUCGUGGCCCUUAACUGGCAGAGCUUGGACAAGGGCAUGAUGCUCAACCGAGGCCUGUUUGCCGGCGAGGAGGGAUGGGUCCGCAAACCCCAGGGCUACCUGAGUACGGAGGAAUCCUCGGCUCCGGUUCCGAAGGUCCAGAUGGACCUCUCGAUUGAGUUCAUCGCCGCUCAGAAUCUGCCUCUGCCCCCCGGUGACACCAAAGAGAAGGGGUUCCAUCCCUACGUGAGCUGCUACUUGCACGUUGAGACCUCCAAUGAGGAGCCCGACAGUCCCACCGAUGACGACACCACCGACUCCGAGAAAUACAGCUACAAGCGGGAGACCAAGAGCACGACCGGCUGCAACCCAGACUUCAAGGGCCAGAAAGUGACCUUCCCCACCAUGACGGGGAUUGUCGAAGACUUGACAUUUGUCCGAUUCAAGGUCAAAGAUCACGAGCUGUGCCGCGACUCCCUCGCUGCAUGGGCGUGCAUCAGGCUGAACCGCCUGCGCGAGGGCUACCGGUUGAUCCAUCUGUACGACUGCGCGGGUGCAGACUCUGGCGGGGCGAUCCUCGUCGGGGUCACGAAGAAGCUGGACCAGGUUUCUGCCUAG